AGUAUAGUUGCUCCACCGUGCCUUGUGGUGGAUCAGACGCUGAUCCAAAUCUUCUAUCAUCAGAAUGACAGGAGCGCAAACCCUAACACUGACCAUGUAUUUCACACUAAUGAUUAUUUCCUGCUUGGUCUCAGGGCAGGAAAGCCACCACCAGGACUCCAUUUGGAUGUAGUUAAAGGAGACAAGUUGAUCGAGAAACUAAUCAUCGAUGAGAAAAAGUUCUACUUGUUUGGGAGGAACCCGGACCACUGUGACUUCACGAUAGACCAUCAGUCAUGUUCACGUGUGCAUGCAGCACUCGUCUAUCACCGGCACCUCAAGAGGGUCUUCCUCAUCGACCUCAACAGCACCCAUGGCACUUUCUUGGGCAGAAUUCGCCUGGAGUCACAUAAACCUCAGCAGGUACCAAUCGACUCCACUAUGUCGUUUGGGGCAUCCACACGAGUGUACGUGCUGAGAGAGAAGCCACAGACGCAGCCCAGCACUACAGCUGGUGACAGCGGUGUGGAGGACGAAGAGCUGAAAGGACUGCUCGGUUUACCGGAAGAAGAGACCGAGCUAGAUAACCUGACUGAGUUCAACACAGCACACAACAAGCGCAUAUCUACUCUGACCGUCGAGGAAGGCAACCUGGACAUCCAGAGACCCAAGAGGAAGAGGAGAAGCUCUCGAGUGUCCUUCAGUGAGGAUGAGGAGAUCAUUAACCCUGAGGAUAUUGACCCUUCGGUUGGCCGUUUCAGAAACAUGGUACAGACUGCAGUCGUACCCUUAAAGAAGAAGAAAUCUGAGGGUGCUCUUGGUGUAGAAGACAGCAUGGUACGUCGUUUCCAGAACUUUCCCCUCAGGACAGGUCUUUACGGUGACCUGCCCCCUGCCAGUCAUGAGGCGAGCACUCAGGACAACGAGCACCAAGCAGGCUCGGCCAUCACGAGCGGCCUCCCUCUACCCUUCCCCAACCCGGCUCCGGAGGUGGACGUCUUUACCCCGACAUCACAGCCAGCAGUCAUGUUGAACCCAAACCCUGCCCCUGGACCGUACACAGCCGAAUCUAUGAACGAGCCACGCAAAAAGAAGUACGCCAAGGAGGCGUGGCCUGGAAAGAAACCCACACCUUCACUACUCAUCUAACACGCGUUAUCGGACGGCGUGACGACAUGCACUUGACUUUUAUGAACUACCGUUAAACGUAAAACCUCUAAAGUUACAAAACCGAAUGGUCAUAUUUGUCUCAGUAUCCGAAUCUUUAAAAGGAAAAGCUAAUUCUGUAUAAUUUAUAGCUACGGUUAUGUCAGAGGAACAGUGUUUACCAGAGACUUACAUAAACAACUCUUUAUUUGUCAUUGUAGGUUCUUCUGAGGUAUUUUUCCUACCGUUGUAGGCAUGUCACCACAUGUAUCAGUUAGUUACACAAUGCGGCUCAUAGCACACCAUUAAAAUAGCAGAUGAUUGCAAGACUAGACUCAGUAGUUUAAUGCUUAAGUCACUAAUCUUUAACCUUCCUAGAAUGUAAAUGUCAACACUACACUUUCUGUAAUGCAACAACCGGACAAACCCUUCUUAACCGAUACAGUAUCUCAAUGUGUAAACUUCUGUGAGUUUGUUUUGUGUGUUUUAUAUUUUUAUAUCUGAGUAUAUGAAUAGAAUAGUGUGUAAAAAGACAGAGAAAAUGAUUGUAG